GCGAGAUGUAUUCUCCUGUGGUUUUUGGAUGGCUGCUGAUUUUUCUCCGCGCUUUGCCUGUACUCAGUAUAGACCAAUCAGGUAAGAGGUUUACCAUGUUAUAGUUUAAAACGUUCUCUUUUCACUGCGUCCUAAUCCUGUGACAAAUUUCCAGCAUCUUCCUAAAUUCAUGUAUUAAAAAGAAAUUAAGAACUUUUGCUUCUGGCAGAUGCAAGCGACUUAAAAAAAAUUGACAUACGGAAUUUGAGGGGAUCAGAAAUGACAGAAGAGAACCUCUACAAAAUAUAUAGGAACGGUCUAUUUCUCCCUCUGGUUCUCAACAGUAGGUGAUACACUUGAUCAAACCUUGGCCUCACGCAAAACGCUGUUUUGUUAAACUGUUUAAAUUACUGUCCCAAUAGGUUUGACGAGCAAAAAAGAAACUCUGCACCGCUUAACACUUUUUGGACAUGUUUUGGCCGUCCUUCCCAGAACUAUGAAGUGAAAUAGUCGAAAUACCCUGUUAAAACGUUUUCUUAAGGUGGCACAAAAUCUCUUUUCACCUUCAUUUGACGGAGUGAGCCUUUGAGUAUUGUGGCUCACGUGUGGCUAUAAUUGAACGAAAUUAUCGCCUUGUUUUUGUUAAACAAUUGGUUUGGUCGAUAAAUGAAUUUUAGUGAUGUUAGCUAACAGGUAAUUGAUCUGAUUAAUUAACAUCGAGUGUUACCAAGUUAUCGUUCGACUUCUCUUUCAUCUACUUCAUUUAAACAAUUUUGCUGACGUGAAAUCGAAAAUGACUUACAUAAUCAAGUUAGCUUGUUGACAAAAAACAAUAUUAUUGUGAAAGGUGACACGUUAACAUUUUUUAAGAACUUCUAGAGCCGGAAACCCGCUUUUUGGGCUUAGAAGGUCUCACCAUAAUAAAGGUGGGUCAACAUGUUUUUCCCACUUGACGAUAACGUCAUUUCAAUGUUCAAUACCCUUUCCGCUGUUGUAACUAAAUGAAAAGAUCACUUGAGAAAAUAGCGGUCCUUUUGUACCUUCAAUCAGCAUUCUAAAGGACAUUUGGAUGCUCAAUUACUUUUUCUUUUCUUUUCGUAUUGAGCCCGGGGUAUUCAAUUAUCACGUUCAGAAAAAGUCACGCUAAUGAGAUUCAUGAAUGCUUCUUAUGAUAUACAGCAAGUGUCCCCUAGCCCUAAUUCUGUCAAAACUUCUUUUAUUUUUCCGUCUUCACGGUAUUACCGCAAGAUACAUGUCAGUCGAUCAUAAUACGUUCCUGUUUGGGUAAGAGGUGCUUAUGAGUGAAAUGGAACUUUAUUGUGUUCAAUCCCCGCCAAGUGAUCAACUUUAGUACUCAACAUUCAACUUGAGCGGCUAACAUUAAGUUGUACCACCCAACUUUCAACUUCACGUUUGAACAUUCCAAGUUAAUAAUUCAACUUAAACUCUCAACAUUUGACACGACUGACAUGAUCACGCAUUCUUGAAAAUUGAGCGCACAGCAUUCUACGAAAAUACACAACAUGUAAGUUGUGCAACCAACAUUCAGCUUUUUUUCAGAAUCUAAGAAAUUAUUAUGCUCCCUGGCUAACACCGGAACUAAAAAGGUUGAAGCUACUAACAAUUGUCAGAAUUGUUGAAUUGUUAACUUUGAAUGUUGAAACGGGAAGUUGGGUGCUACAACUUAAUGUUAGCCGCUCAAGUUGAAUGUUGAGUACCAAAGUUGAUUUUUGGCGGGGAUUAAGCACCAUAUUACAGUUACUUUUUGCCAUUAAAGAAAGAAAAAAAAUGAAACGGGUUGUAAUUUUACAAAAGUUUAUACAGAAAAGGAUAAUUAGUCACGGUUUAUGGGCUAAUUUUUCAGUUAUAUCAUGGAAGGAAGAGAGUCGUUUCGGUUCAGGCAGUUGAAUUUCCUUUAUUUGCCAUUCUGUUUUUCUCGGUUUCAAACAAUAUCAAAAACAAUUAUUCGGAUUUGGUACUAAAUAAGUCGACAUAGCCCUGAGGAAGGUAGAAUAUUCAUGAGCCUCAAUAGCACAAUAACCUUUAGAAAACUGUUUUCACUGCAUACAUAAUUCUCCCGUGACGCGGAAAAUAAGUACAGUAACUCUUUUAAAUUUUUGCGUGCUGGUGGCAUGAUGCAUUGCGGCCCUUCCUUAGAAUUGCUCGGUUUUUGCCAGUGCCUCUUGGCCACUUCAACAGAGUUCAGUGAAAGUGAGUUCUAAGUUUCACUGUGGUUUCAACCGCCACCAUGAGAGUUUGAAUUUCUCGUACAGCAAAUCGAAUCGCUGGGGCUAGAGGUGAAUAUUUUGGGAGGUGGUAAUUGUUAUGUGGCUGUCUUCCCACUAGAAUCCCUUGCGAAGAAUCUUCUGGAAAUUUUUAACCUUAACUAAUACCCCUAACUUAUUAAUGUGAACACUCGAAUCACUGAAAAAUCAGCGCCUACUAUUGAUUUAUUCGUAACCAAUAACAAGGAAAAUUAUGCGCAUUCUUGGGUUUGUCACUGAAAUCGGAAUUAGUGACCAUUCUCUUCAUUACUGCCAUCCGCACAGCGCGCAAAGCACAAAUGAAAACUAUGGAGUGUGACUCUUGCUGGGAGCCUAAUGGACACAAUGGACCAGCGCGUGCUUUAUUGACAAGAUAUCUUAGCAAUACAGUUCAACAAUACAAAUGAUCUUAGAAGUAAUAUCAAAAAAAUACAGAAAUAAUAUAAUUUCUACACAAACAAACAUUUAAAUAAUCUGGAACGCGACAAACCGGUAAAAAACCCAUUGGGACAAAAUAAACCGGGAACGUACUCGUCGAUCGAAUGCAGUGUAUCGAGCUCUGAGGAUUAGAGCUUUAGACUAAUCUAGGAACUUAUAAUAAGUUUGGUCACCGACAAGACAACGGCUGUCCAAAAGGCGAGAUAGCCAAAAAUGCUUCUACAUCGAUAUUUACAGAAACAAAUAUUCAUAGCGUAUAUCAAAUGUAGUUACGUAACCUCUAUUAAAGGACUGAGUAAUUAGAACAAAAGGUUGACACAAAUGUGAAAAGAGUGCUACGAACCGUAAUGAAACAGCUUUUUAACUACACGUGGUUGCGUUGAAAAACAUUUAUUAUCUAUGGAGUUACAAAAUUUUGUACUCCCAAAAGGAAACCAAAGAUUGUGAAGUCGCGACAAUUUAAAAUUUUUGAUACUAAUUCAUUCCACGCUGACCUUAGCUUAGCACCCUGGCACCUAGUUCAUUUGGAAGGAAAUCCAAAUCGUGCCUGGGAAAUGUGACUUCCAUGCACCAAAGCGUAAAAGGAAAGUAAGAAAUUAUCAUGCUCCCUGGCUAACAACGAAACUUAAAAGUUUGAAGCUACUAACAACUGGUACUUAAAUAUUGCUGAUGGCCUAAUUAACAGUUUACUCUUUCUAGAUCUUAAGAAAUCCUUUGAUACGUUUGACCACACUAGGCAUAUUGUCGAAAAACCUGCAACUUUAUGGUCGCGAACCGCAUGCAGUUCAGUGGUUCAAAUCAUACCUAUCAGAUCGCUUUCAGAGUACUUACGUAUAUGGCACUCUAUCAGACUAUCUUUCUAUUAAUUGUGGUGUCCCACAAGGUUCUUUACUUGGACCGAGUUUAAGGCAAUUAGACUGUUAUUUCUUAAGGGAUGAAUAGGAAAGGAAUUAUCAGGUACGACAUUUAUAUUUUUCGCUUGUUAACUCACGCGUUAACAGCAUCAGUCUUUGAUGCAAUCUCCCUAUCUCCUUCUUGGCCUACGUCGCGAUCUUUUCCCAGGUACUUGCCCUUCCAGUGCAGCUUUUCCCCAGUUUCAUUUCAGUUCCAUUGUUAUACGUUUUUGACAGGAGAUGAUUUCCAAGAAGGGGAAUGGAAUGUAACCUUGGAUGCGGAAAAUAGCCUUGAAAAUGGUUAGUAACCUUAUUCUCGAUUUUAUAGAAUCCGAAUCUUAAUACUUAAAUGUUGCUUAGCUAUCACAAGUUUAAGAAAAACGCGUUUAUUCCUUGCACUUUGAUUUAUGCUGAACAAGUUUACCCAGGUACUAGAAAUGACAGAUGUUUCAGUGGACGUGCGCAGAAUAACUAAGCAAUGCUGAGAUGAUAGACAUCGUAAGUAGGAGCCGGAAAGAAAAGACAAAAAGAAAAUUUUAGACAAGUACAAUUUUUUUUUACUUCUUGACUAUUAGGGCCUUUAAUGGUUAAACAUCUUAUUAUACAUUCCGGUGCUAUUUAGAUUUAUCGAUGUUAAAUAGGUUCUAUUGUUGCAUGUUUUCGACAGGAGACGAUUUCCAAGAAGGGAAGAGAAAUGUAACCUUGGGUGAAAAUGGACUUGAAAUCACUGGUAUGUAACUUUUUCUUUCUUGAAUGCCGUUCUUAAGACUUGCUUGUUGCUAGGCUACCUUAAAUUCAAGAAUAACGCGUUUGCUCUUACGUCCGUCGUAUUUCGUCUUUGGUGCACUUGUGGUUCCCAAAAUCUCCUACAGUAAACGCCAUUGCGUUUUUAAGCCUGCCGCUUUCUGGGUAGCCUGCGUGGCAGGCGUUUGGAGGGGAAUGGAACGCCUAAAACUCCCUUUCCCUUCCCUUUCAAACGCCUGCCACACAGGCUACUUUCUGCGAAAAACCUAAACUUCCUAAUUCUUGCAGACUCAGAACCGUUUACUCAUGACUGUUUUACAACUGUUAAGGUGCGCCAGUGCGGAGCCCCCAUUUUUAGGAAAAUCUAAUUAAUCAUUAUUUCUUGGAAGAUUUAAUUAUGACGGCUAUGAUCAACAUCGGUCCGCUCUACUUCAUGUAAACUGUCCCCUAUACUUAAUAUGUAUAAACUAAUGUGAAAUGCCCAUCCAGGAUAACCUGGUGCUGCAUGCCGGAUUUUUGGCGGGAAACUCAAUGUCCAAUGGCGUUAUAUUAAAAAAGCUGGGAAUGUUGGCAUUAACAAGGAGGGCGACUUCGACAUUACGGUUCAACUUGUUCUCGUCCUUAAUUUGAAGUCGGCUUCAACACCGGUCACUUGAGUUCCAGUUUGCUUCCAUAAAUUCUCUAUACUCAACUUCAAACACUUGCCUCUAUAGAGCACCAGAUCUUAUCCUUUCACGUUUCGCUCCAUCUCUAUCAACUUUGUCCUUGCAUCAGUGCUUCUAACAUAUUUCCUAAUCCAUUGCGUCCAAACGUGACGAAUCAAUAUGUUUUCUGAUACUCUCUCUCUCUCUCUCUCUCUCUCUCUCUCUCUCUCUCUCUCUCUCUCUCUCUCUCUCUCCCUCUCCUCUCUUCUCUUCCUUUUUCUUUUUUCCCCCUUUUUCUUUCUCUCUAUUUAACACCACAGCAAACGCUCACACACUCUCUUCUUUGUUUUUUCUCGUUAUUAUAUACUUUAUACGUUGUAUAUAUUUGUUCUUUUUGAUUUNCUGAAAGUCAAAGCUGGAGGAAAAGUUUACCUUGAUGGAAGGGGCAGUGAGUCAAAUCCUUACAGCUGCGAAAAGACGGUUGGUCAAAAGAAACUUGUUUUGAAACGCAUAGGUAUAAGUCUGACGAUACAGGGUUGGCAUGCAAAGGCCCAUAUUUCCUGCAAACUACGUUAUGGUCUAGUUUUUGAACAUGAUAAAAACCAACUUUUGCGGAUAACGUUCUCAAACCUUGUAUUCCAUAACAAGGCAUUCGUUUUAAACGAAGUGAGCUGCUUCAAUAUUGCUAUCAGUAACUGUAAAAUUAUCAACUGUUCCGCGGCGGUUGUUGUUGCACAAGGAGAAUCUGGAAUCUGCACCAAUUCUUCAAUUGUUAUCUCCGAUACUGAGUUCCUGAACAAUACCCAAUCGCUCAUUGCCAAUUUGUCAAAUGGAAUUUUCACUCUUAAAAUCUUGAGAAGUGUAUUUCAGGACAGGGUUGGUCGGUUCAAAGUAACUUCAGAGGACAGAUAUAGUACCGGCGCUGUGUACAUUAAGGCACCCACCUUGAGAAAUAUGGUGCAUGUCUCGUGCUUUGUUACCGAUUCUAUUUUUCGCGAGCUUGCUCAUAAGUUGAAUGGUUUCGCGUUAUCCUUUAAAGUAAAUAACCUAUUUACCACCGGGAUGUUGUCAGUAUCGAAUACCACUUUUCUGAACAACGAGAAUUCCAUAUUUGUGUAUGGUGGAUUUGACGUUCGACUAAAUCAGGUGACCAUUGACUCUACUUAUGGCUAUGCUUUUGCAGCCAGUGGUCCUCCAAACCUGUCGCCUAACGUUUCUGAUAUAAAGGUGUCUUUACAUCGUUGUCUACUGCGGAACAAUAGAGUUGGUAUACGAAUGACAAUACUGCCUUGUCUAGACGCACUCACUUGUGCACCAAGCAGCCAAUCACUGUUUAUUAAUGACACUCUUUUUGAAGGAGGCAGCGAGACGCGAGGUAUCGGUGAUGCAAUCAGGUUUUCAUUGCAGGUGACAGGCAGGUCACUCCAAAAACAUUUCAUUGAGGCGAGGGUAAUUCUGUACAACGUUACCUUUCAAGGAAUCCACAACGGCGUACUUUAUGUAGCUAUGCAAAAGAAUGUAAAAGGACUAAUAUCUAUAAGGAACUGCAGGUUUAUAAACAAUUCCCAGUUUGUGUAUCGAAUGGACCACCGAGCAACUGUAGGUGUUGAAUUUCCCGACGAAGAUCCUCCAAAAUGUUUCAAAGAGAACAACAGCAGUGAAUUCUUGUGGAAUAACACAUUCCAAACACCGGUGAUAUUUGAAAAAUGCGUAUUCGAGAAUAACGUCGGUAUCUCAGGAGCACUGAAUUUUCUUAAUGGAAACGUCACUUUGAGAAACUGCACGUUCAGAAACAACGAAGGCUUGACAUUAGGAGGGCAUGUCUAUCUGAAAACGGGUUACGGCAGCCUUAGUGUCGUAGAGAGCACCUUUCUUCAAACACGUUUAAACCAUAUAUCUAACACCAUUCAACCUGAAAAAGUCCUGAGUUAUGGAUGUUUCCUGUAUUCUGAUAGCGCUGGUCCCGUGAUUAUAAAAAAAUCGUCUUUCAUCGCAAAGGUAAACAGAAAACUUUAUCCUGUUCUGGCAGCUACUAAGAGCAGUUCCUUCCAAAUUGAUCGCACUUCUUCGUUACAAUGCCCGCCGGAAAGACGAGUCAAACUCGAAUUUAUUAGAAAAAUUGAAGGUUUUGAGUUGACCGAGGGAAGUUGGACGUGCUGGAUGAAGGCCAAUCACAUCAAACUAUUUUGCCAAGAGUGUAGUGAUAAGUUUUAUUUCCUGGAGACAGGAAUUCCAAAAGGUUUGAAUUUUAGCAAAGGAACCAAGUGCCUUAAGUGUCCUUACGGAGCAUCCUGUGAAAAUGGAAAUGUCCGGGCUAAAGCAAAUUUCUGGGGAUUAAUAGCUGAGACAAUUCCUCCAACAUUGAAAUUUUUUCCCUGUCCUCUGGAAUACUGCAGCAGUCCAAGCCAGUUCAGCCCUCACGAGUACAAUGCUUGUCAUGGAAACAGAACGGGCGUCCUAUGUGGUAGAUGUUCUGACGGGUAUAGCGAGGAACUCUAUUCAACUUCAUGUAGAAAGAGAAACAGUUGUAACGAUCACUGGUUUUGGGUGGUGACUUCCAUCUAUGUGAUCGUAUUUGCACUGUACUUUAUAUUCAAACCUCCUGUCUUAUCGAUAUUGUAUAAGCAGACUCUUUGGUUUAAAAAUCAACUGCAGGUACCUGAGGACAAAAUCCACGAUUCUGGUUAUCUGAAAAUUGUCUUCUAUUUUUACCAAGUAGCCGAGCUGAUGAUGAUAACAUCUCCUGAGAAAACUCUGCAUAUGGUACCAAUUAUUCCCCCAAUUAUGGCUAUCUUUAAUUUCCAGGUUAAGAAAUUGAAUGGUGGUAUUGGUUGCCCAUUCCCAGGUCUCACUGUCGUCACCAAGGAACUAUUUAUGUGUUCAAAAUUCCUGGGCACAUUGCUUUCUAUUGGUUUUAUUUAUUCCUUCCAUCGAGCUGUCAGUCACACCAGGUUCAUUUCCUCACCUUCACUUACGCUAUAUCUCGCUGCUGUCCUGGAAACACUUUUGCUUGGAUACGAGAGGUUGACAGAUACAACCCUUAAGUUGAUGCACUGUGUUCCUAUUGAGAAGGAUUGGCGUCUUUUUUUAGAUGGGAACAUCGAGUGUUGGCAGUGGUGGCAGUACUUGUUAAUCGCAUUCAUGGUGUCUUUUAUCAUCCCUCUGGUGUUGGUUCUUUUCUGGGGAUCACUGAUGCUUGCCAAGAACAAAAUGACUGCCAAGGAAUUUCUGUUGUCUUGUGCAUUCCCUUUGCCUUCCCUUUUUUAUAUGCUGUUCCUCCGAUACCGAAGAACAGAAAGCCAGCAAUUGCUUAACGGUGAAGAUGCAGACGAUGCAGAAGAAAUCAAGCAAGCCCUGUACGGUCCAUUUCGUGAAGCCUGCAAUGGUGGCCGUAGCACCCUGUAUUGGGAAAGCGUACUGACUGGCCGAAGGUUGAUCCUGCUGACUAUCCACACGUUUACUACUGACCCCAUCAUACGCUUCGUUUGCCUUAAUUGCGUAUGUCUCUUGAUUUUUGUCCAUCACCUUACAACGAAACCAUUCAAAGACAAUAAAGUCAACGUCUGUGAGGGCAUCUCGUUAAUGAGCCUGACCAUUAUUUGUUCGUUCAGUUUAGCUAAAGUCACCUACAUCUCCGAGGGAAUAGAUCCUGCAGAAGCUACCCAAAACCUAUUCCACUUUCUGCAGUGGAUCGAGAUAAUCAUUCUUGGAUUUUUGCCAGCCGCAGUGUGCCUUCUACUUGUUUUUGCAGCACUGUCUCAACUGAUUCGAUUAUUGUAUCACUGCCUAAAAUCUUUGUUGGGUGCUGCUGGGUACUAGUAGUGAAGAGGGGGGCCCAGUCAGUGUGUUGUUUACUUGGACUCAGAAGAAGAACAUGCACGGUGUGAGUGAUGUCCGGCGUUGUGGAAGUGGUUUGUUGACUACUUUUUCAAACUUCGUUUGUGACUGAGAACAGUUUCUGAAGUAAUAAAUACCUCUUGCAUGCUCGUAGAAAGUUUUUUAGGUUGUUCUUAGCCACAAACCACAGUGGUAGUUCUAUCGAAGACGAGUUUUACGUGUAAUUUACAUUAGAGAGAUUAAGUCGUGUUUACUGCAAACGGCAAACGUGAGAUUCAAGGUGAUAAAUUUUCAAGAUGAGAAAUGAGCAGAUAAAAACAGCUUAAAAAAAUUCUUGAUAGAAUUGGCGUGAAUGUACCGAUUUUCGUCUAGUUAUAAUUCGAUAUAAUGAAUAGUGAAAGACUGGAAAACUUGAUCACGUGGUACAAAUUCACGUUUGCUGUUUGCCUUAAACGCGACGCUCAAUCUCUCUAUUACCUUGAAGACUUGAAGUAUGUAUGGUGUUCGUAAAUUGCUUUUUUAAUUUAGCGUCUAGGCUUCAAAUUGUUUUAUCUACAUUGCUAUGAACUCUUUUUUAGUUAAGCUUCUUUUGUUUUUCCGUUAAAAAUUGAAUCAUUAUUAUUAGUAAUAGUAGAAUUAGUAUUAGUAUAAAAAUAAGUAUUACCCGAUUGUAUUAUUAUUAUAACUAUUCAUAUAUCGUGUUUAAUCGAAGAUGAUCUGCUUCGCUUUGAUUACCAGAAAUACAAGUUUUCUGGACAACAGUAACCUUUGUUUAACUAUAUUUCUUACAUUGCAUAGUAGACACCAAAGGCGGAACGGUUCAGUCGAACUGAGAACUAAAUUUCUCUCUAAGUGAUUUAAGUAACCUAAUUCGAUCAGAUCACCACUUUGUUCUCCAAGGGAGGCCAUUUAAUAGAGUUUUGACUGUAUUUUAUCCGAUUUACGAGGUAUUGAUUUUUUUGAUUAGAGUAAAGAUUACAGUAUAUUUUUGUACAUGCACUUGACUUGCAAAGUAGAGAAAGUGCUUUUUUUGAAGAUGUAGAUCUUUUCAGUGGCCAAAAAGGGACACAGUGACUUUGCGGUUUAAGACAUACUGCGCUGUUUCAUGCUAAAAAGAACUACUCUUUCGGUCUCAUCCAGGCCGGGCGAAGCCGUAGCUAGACUUGUUUUGUAGGCUACACACAGAGCCGAGAUUUUGCCUCCACAGUAGUGGUUGUCUAUGAGCUGUCGAUGGCUGAACAAAGAUUGUCUGUAAGCAAAGAGACAAACGUUUGCCCUUAGAACUUGCAAAACCUUGGCGACACUAUUUAUCUUAAUCUCCUUUAUGAACAGGAAAGAUUACGAGCAGGCGCGGAUCCACACCGGUUUUCCACCGUUUUACGGAAAUCGGUCAGAUUUUUCAUAAUAGAUAUAUUUUUGAUGAAUAAAAAACUUUCUAAGUGGCAAGGCUUCGUUCAAGGUGAAUGUAAGUGGCCGAUAUCCUGUCUGAAUGACUCGGAAACCCAAGAAAGGGCACUUCAGGUAGUUAAAAUCUAAAAAAUUUCAAGGGGGCGCAUUCCCCCAACCCUUCCCCCCUAGAAUCUUGCGCCUUCGGCACUCGUUUAGGAAAUCGGUCAGUGUUUGUCCUAGAUCCGCGCCUGACGAAAUAGGAUAACCUGUAUAUUUUUGUUCGUCAGUAUCUUAUAUCGUGCAAAUUUUGAUUUAAAAUAGUUUACAAAAAUAACUUACAGCUUCUUAACAAUGAUUCAUUCCUCGUACAAUAGAAUAUCUUUCAGUUACAUCUUGAAUACGCCUUGCAAUUAAAUAAAAGGGGCUAACUUGAGGUCUUUAUAUCUCUAGUGUAUCUUCGGUCGAUUGCAAUCUUGAGAGGAAUAAACGCUGUUAAGACCAAAUCGAGUUUGUCUUUAUCUAAUACUGCUCAUACUGCUUAUCUGCCAAAAAACGUACCGGGAUUCUUCCAGGUCUCCCUGGACAUGUCCAAAAUUACACUAAAAACUGUAAGAAGCAUAGUUUACCAUACACUCUAAAACUAUGGAUAUUUUGAGCGAAGGAUACUUUAUAUCUAAUUUUUAAUAACAUGUAUACCGUUUAAGCCAUUCUAACCCUGGAAGACGUUGGAUGACAAUAAUAAAAACUCUUUCGCCACAGCAAUUUGGUGUUUUACCACUGAAAGCUUCUAGAUAAUUCAGCGACUACAGCCAGUCCCUAAUAGUCUCUUGGCUUUUCACAUUUUAGCCCUUUUUGGAGUCAGUAUAUGAUUUCUUCUCUAUAAUGACUUUGCCAGGAACGGAGUUUUUUCUCUGUUAACCCUGUGACGGACAAGGGGGAGCUGGGAAGGGAGGGGUUGGACAACCCAAAUCUUCUCGCACCCCAAAAACACAUCAAUAGCGACUCGGCUGGGUACGAGUCUGGCUAAGUGCACGUGACCACUAUACUGGACACUAAAAAGGUAAGACAGCUUUCUCUUUGUUACAAAAUAUAAAAAAUCUCGCAAUUGCUAUGAAGCGUUUUCAAUGACGUCACGUUUGCCAUAUUGGUGUCCCAAAACAAUGAAGAGGCAGCCAUGUUGCUGUCCUAAACUAAUCUUGUGAAUCUUUUUGUCAUGUAAUUACCUUCUUUAUUAAUGAAAUUCGCAUAGCUGAUGGUCACGUGAGUGAAAAGGCUCUCGCUGAAUUUCCCUUAUUAAAAUGAGUAACUAAUUUCCCUGACUUUCUCCUACUCUCUUUUUUCUUAUAACAUUUUUUAAAGUCUUAAAGACUUUGGGAAAAUGGAAAAAACCUAAUCCCCCAUAACACUGCGAAAUUUGUUUUUCUAUCUUCGUUGGAUAAAUAUCAUCUGCUGAAGUGUUCGAUAACUUUGAACUCGGAGAAAUGACAAGGGGGAAGGGGGAGCAAUGGUCAAGAUUUUGGCUGUGUGGGUGGCGGCGAGACUCCGUUUCUACUCAUAAAGUGACCAGUUUUCUCAAAGCCACAGAUACCUGAGCAAAUUGUCCCUGAUUUCUUUCUUUGUCUCAGUACAAGUUGACUGUCCCGCAUGAAAUAAGAGUAUUGGAUGGUUGCUAUAGAAACAAAUUUUGUCUUUUGAUAUGCAAAUAUGCAACAGUCCUUUGAAGAAAGCGAGAGACCAUAAGCGUAAAAGAUUUUUUUAUUCAACAGACGGUGUUAUAUUCAACUGGGCUCCCUCUCAAAACAGUCCUCUGUUUUAUCGCAUUAUUUUUUUUUGGCUGUUUUUUUUGUCUGCUUAUCUCAAAAGCUUGUCUAAAAAUGACAAAAAUAUCACCCACGCUCAAUUAACAAAAUUUGCAGAAAUACCCUUCCUAUGCCGCUUCAACACCGGAGUAUUGUUCACAAUAAAAGGCAUUGUUUCAUCAAAAAACAGCGCUGAAUUGUCUUUACAAAUCACAAAAAUUCUUCUUGAGAUAUUUUCAAGUACAGGUAAUUUCCGUUCUGUACCACGCAAGAGAAAAGCCCGGCUUUUGAAUUAUUUAUACUGAUGUCUGAUACAUGAUGCUUGAGUCUGUAGAAAAAAGUUGGGUUUGCUUAUUUUCCCCGUCGAGAAUAAAAAAAAAUGGAUACUGUUAAAAAUUGCUUUUGGUAAUUAAUACAAGAUCGGAUUUUCGUGUUUUUGGAUCGCUGGAUAGUAGAACCACUUGUAAAACAAAUCGCUAAUGUUGACUGUCAGUGUUACUGUUGGCAGACCUUUAUUUGCACUCUAGGAUUAAAUAUCCUCCUGGGGACUCAGGAAAGUACGAAAUAAUUUUAGUGGGUGACGUGUUAAAAUCAACUACCGUGACAGCCAGUGAAAUAUUUUGCAAUUUAAAUUGGUUUUUCCGUUUCAAUUUUUGACAGGCAACGUGAGAGCCUCCGUUGAAAUUUUACAAGUGCUCAUCAUCUGUAAGGAACCGUGGGCGCUCACGGAUGCUUUAGUCGAAUCUAGACGUGUAUGUCGGAGUGUCUCUAUGAUCUUUUGAAACUGUGAGUAUUUUUAAAGGGCCAAGCUUUGCGUAAUCGUGCGGUAGUGCCCACUAUACCUCCGUCAAGAGCCAGAGGUUUCUUUUGCCACAGUUAAAUCAACCGAAGAACUGGUCGAGCGGAAAUAAGAGUUUAAGAAUAUUCAUCGAACAACUGAUUACCCAAGGUCCCAGAAGAUCGACUGAAGAGGGAUGACGACGGAGAGCAAACUGUCUUGGCCAGUUGUCAAUUUCAGCUGAUACUCGCGGGAAAUUUACUUGUCGAACAUGAUGAGUCGCUCAUCAGAUGACAGCGAUGAACAAGAAUUAGACGAUGAAAUUUUUUCAACGCUCCGAGGUAGGUGACCUGUCUGCCAAAUGAAUACUGUACAGAUAUUGGAAGUUUUCUGAAACUCGCAUUUUCCGCUCUUCAUCGAAAUAGAGCGAUAAUGGCUACGACAGAGUCUCUAAACGCGAAAAUCGUCUGUCCGCCAUUUGCGUGCGUGAAACUUUUGUAAACAAUGGAUCUGUUCAUAUCAAAUAUUAAAGUUUCAUCAGGAUUAAACCGUUCCUUCGGUUGACAAGAUACACAAUAAUGUUUCCAUUGAGAGCAAUAUCUUGCAGUUCUUCGCGUAGUAUGUAUCGUAUAAACUCAGUAAUCAACAGAAGGCCAUUUUAAAAACUUAAAAUUGUUCGAACAGCUUUUAACAAAAUUCUUUGGUAUGAAAUACGGACAAACAUAUAUACAAAAAUAACAGAUCUGUGAAUCCCUUCACAGUUAAUCUCUUCGUACAAGAGCACAGAAAACGGAAAAGGCGAUAUUGUGGAGUUCUGACUUAAGGGAUUUUAAUAAAUUGAUACUUCCGAGACAAUAAAACGGCGGGAGGUGGAAAAAUUUAUAUCGAAAUAGUUUGUAUAAAUUUUCCUUUUAUUUUUUAAUUGGAACCUGGGAUUUUGCUGAUUACAGAGACCCCAGGCUAAAAGUUUCUGAGCGGCCGAGAUGAAAAAUUUUAUAGCGUGAUCUAAGCAGUUACGAACUCUCGUACUGUUUUCCUUUCGAAACGUUUAUUAAGACCAUUAGCAACAAAUGAAGUGAUUUUCCCUAGAAAAGAGGAACACAAAUAAUCAUUUCAAUAUACCCUAAGAUGAAUUGCUUUUUUUUCUGUAUAGCUUUUGAUUAUCUAUAAACAAUAAUGCGAUCACAGAAUUAUUUUUCUCGUAUGAGAGCGGCUUUCCGCAUGUGCCGAACAUUUCCGCGCCUUUUCAGUUAGCGCUCUUCUGGGAACGGAUGUUUAUUUUUGAGAAUACAAAUUAGUUUCUUUUGUGUGACACGAGGACAGGGAACAUUUUGUUUCGUUGUUUCUUGUGGCAAAUCAGUCUCUGUUCUUUUUUUCUUUCACUUUUCUCCGCGGUGAAAAUUGGGUUUCUAAUUGCCUGGCUUUUUCUGCAUAAAUUUUAAUUAUGUAGCUCCAGGAAAUAUCCUUUUUCUUAUCGUACUUUUCCAUUUAUCCAUUGUUUCCUUAAUCAUAUUAUUCAUUUAAUUUAUCCAAGGGAAGGAGACACAUUUUAUCAUUGCCAAACCCCUGGUGCCAUAUUAUUGACUCGAGACUAAAAACUGCGAUUACAAUGCCACCCCAAUUCUUUUUCCUCGUGCGUCUACUUUUGCGAGGAAGUCAGUAAUAAAACCAAGAACUUUUGCCUUCCUGCAAGUUAUAAGGAAAAUUGGACUCUGAAGUCUCUAACAUUAUGUAUUCAACGUUGAUCAAGGAGCUGAUUAGAAUUCACUAUCGUUUGUAGUUUCAUUUUGUAGGUAAAUACCAUAAAUGAUGACGAAUACAAAUGGUCAAUUUGAAUAAGAAAGUAGUUUUCAUGUUAGUUUUAUCAUGUAAAUACAGCUUGACAUUUCGUUUGCUUUUGAGAAACCUCAGUUUUGUUUUUAUUUCAAAACAAAGUUUUACACAAGGUAUGAAAAUAAAUUUCUUCUAGACCGCCUAUUUUUGCUCUCCUUCUCCUUCGUUUGCGCGAUACCGCUCAUUACGCAGUGCAGUUCAAUGGAAGUGCAAUCUACUUAAUCAAAAGGUCAACAAUAACAAUAUUCGUGCGUUCAAUUUCGCACGUGCCGGAGUUUAUGGGCGAUUGAAAAAUGUUAACACAUGUGGACUUGACUAAAAUCUCGCAACAACAUGUUUUUUUCCCAAACUUUCCACAUAUUAAUGAUAAAAGAUUUCCACAAUGAACAGAUCCAUAGCGAAGAAGCGCUUAGUAACUUUUGAUGUUUUGCUUGCUUUUCCAUUGACGUAGAACUUACAGCCAUAUUUUGUUAUUAAGAACUGAAGGUAAACCCCCGCCUUACAAACACACCCCUUUUUUCUUGUACCCUCAAUUGCAAACAGACGGCCGGGCUUUCUUUUUUUGCGGAUGCGUAAGUCAAAGAAAACAGAACUGUAACCCAGCAGGAGUCUGUGCGGAGGAGAGCGGAACUCUAAAGCCGACGAUUUUCACGCUUUGCUGACUUUCAAGAAGCCUCCCACCCAGGAGUUUUUAGAGGACUCCGUUUAAAACACCUUCGUGGGAGGCUAACUUUUGCAGCAUUUGCAUGUUAUAUCAGGAGCCGUAAUCGCGGUGGGAGACCGCAAGCGUGGGUUCCACGCGGUUCUAUCGAACUAGCCAAAUGUGCUAUGUUUAGAAUUAAACAAAAUAAGGAGCCAUGACAAAUGUACAACGUUCAACGUCACAAACUCGCGCGGGAACCGGCGAAUUUGCGCGGCUAACCUGUUCCAGGCGUUUAGAUAGUAGAGCGCGGCGGUCAGUGACUUAAUUUGCGUGCUCUCUUAACUUUCCAACCGCUUCAUAUCUCGGGAGGCAAUGCAUGUACUGUAGAAGAAUAAGCUAAUUGUUAUAUUAAUAUUACUAGAAAUACGUUUAUCGUAAAAACCUCGCGAAGCUGUAAUGAGUCAGCUGUAAGAAUAAAGGGAAACAAGCCAAGGUGAAAAAAAAAAACGAAAAAAAAAUACAACAGCAGGUCCAUUUUCACGGAAGGUCGGCUCCUAGACCACUGCCCCACGCUGCCAAGGAUUAAUUUAACCAGGAAAAUUAUCAUAUUUACAGUAUUAUUUCCGUGAAAUUUUGGCGGUAGACGCUGUUUGAAGCUGGUGAAGCUGUGUUUAUCAUACAUUCAAAGAUACAUUUGAGGAAAAUUAGUCAUAAUUAUUUAAUUUGUUGUUGUGAACUUUCCUUGUUUGUCGGUUUCGUCCGAACGGGAUAUGAUUCAUCACACGUCCGAAUUUCCGACAUAUCUUCGUCACUGAAUUUGACCUCAAGACUUCAAGACUUCAAGAUUUUAUUAUAAAUUUUCUAAGGAAUAUUUUUACAAGUGUCCUGGCGCCGCAAAUAGCUGGAGCUAGUCUAGGCAGGACAAGAAUGAUACGAAAAGAAAAUAACUGCAAUUAAGGUGACUCGACCCAGUUUUUUUUGGGGGGUACCAUCCUACUUUGAAGCUCUCUGGUAUCCCCACCUUUACUUUUAUCGUAAGUCUAACACAUAGAAUGGAUAACAUAUAGAUCAAUCUACAAUAUAACAUAAAGUUUUUGGCGAUCGGAGUAAAUGUCACGUGGUUAUAAUGCCACGCCCCUUUGGGGUCUGAGUCGAAAAUCUGCAGUUGCCGGUAUUUUUUCGUGAAAAUCUCUCGGCUACACAUAGUGCGCAUUAGUGCCUUACCCUGAACAGAGUUUCACCAAAAUCGCAAAGACCCAAUUCGAGAAAUUCAGCGGUUUCCAAAUUUAGGUCAUAAUUUAUGCGAAAAUGAUAAGCAAACUUUACACGGAUUAUAUCUAAUAAACUAUGAGAUUCAUCUCUUUAUUUUGGGCAUCGUUAUAACAGAUGGGUCCUUGCAAGUCAGCAAAACGCUUUAGGGCCUUGUAAAUGCGCGCGAUUUCGAGCAAAGCAAACAUAUAGAAAUUAUAGUUUUCGCUAUUUGUUGACGUUUGUCAGCGUUUAAGAGUCCUUCUCACGAAAAAAGCAUUUUCUUAAAAAUUCGUAGUUUUUUUUCCUUCAAAUUUUUUCAGGGCCACAAUUGAUUAACUAACUACCCGGACUCUGAAUUUCAUGGUCAUUGAAAAACUGUGACAUUAUCUUCUAUAAGCCCAAACUUGAGUAAACAUUGAAGAUUUUUAGCGUUUUGGCUGAGUUUGUGCUUUGGGAGUUGUCUAUUGUUUCUAGUCUGUCAUUAUACAGCAUUCUUGUUCAGCACGCGUGCAAUGACCACGCUUGGCUGACUUCCGAAUGCUCACCGAGAUAUUCCCGUCACGAGUUGGUUUAAUUAUUGGCUUGCAUUAAACCUAUGAAAAAAUGAUAUUUUUUUAAUAGUAAGUAGAUUUAGUGUGUAGCACUUCUUGAUUUUUUUGCAAAGGCACAAGAAGCACGAGAAUUGAUUAAAAAUUGUGACUUAAACCUCUAUGUAUCACGCGAUGGCCUGUCUCACUGUACCAAAAUUAUUAUAUCUCGGUGAGCAUUCGGAAGUCAGCCAAGCGCGGUCAUUGCACGCGUGCUGAACAAGAAUGCUGUAUAAUGACAGACUAGAAACAAUAGACAACUCCCAAAGCACAAACUCAGCCAAAACGCUAAAAAUCUUCAAUGUUUACUCAAGUUUGGGCUUAUAGAAGAUAAUGUCACAGUUUUUCAAUGACCAUGAAAUUCAGAGUCCGGGUAGUUAGUUAAUCAAUUGUGGCCCUGAAAAAAUUUGAAGGAAAAAAAACUACGAAUUUUUAAGAAAAUGCUUUUUUCGUGAGAAGGACUCUUAAACGCUGACAAACGUCAACAAAUAGCGAAAACUAUAAUUUCUAUAUGUUUGCUUUGCUCGAAAUCGCGCGCAUUUACAAGGCCCUAAAGCGUUUUGCUGACUUGCAAGGACCCAUCUGUUAUAACGAUGCCCAAAAUAAAGAGAUGAAUCUCAUAGUUUAUUAGAUAUAAUCCGUGUAAAGUUUGCUUAUCAUUUUCGCAUAAAUUAUGACCUAAAUUUGGAAACCGCUGAAUUUCUCGAAUUGGGUCUUUGCGAUUUUGGUGAAACUCUGUUCAGCGCAAGGCACUAAUGCGCACUAUGUGUAGCCGAGAGAUUUUCACGAAAAAAUGCCGGCAACAGCAGAUUUUCGACUCAGACCUCAAAGGGGCGUGGCAUUAUAACCACGUGACAUUUACUCCGAUCGCCAAAAAUUUUAUGUUAUAUUGUAGAUUGAUCUAUAUGUUAUCCAUUCUAUGUGUUAGACUUACGAUAAAAGUAAAGGUGGGGAUACCAGAGAACUUCAAAGUAGGAUGGUACCCCCCCCAAAAAAAACUGGGUCGAGUCACCUUAAAUUAAGGUAAAAAAAAAAAGUAGAAAGCAGGAGAGAUUCAUCAAUUUUCAAAUAAAUAUGGAGCGGUUAACUUAAUGCUUCUACAUUAUUUUUUUUCAUGAUCUUUCCUUGCUCAAAAGUGCAGUCAGGAAAAAAGUGCUUUUCUGCAGCUGAGCAGCUAAACACACGUGUGCUCACUUCAACGACCACCGCCUUUGAUUUGUCAUAAACACUGUCACUAAGGUGUUUAACAUAAGCAGAAUCACAUUCACAGUCCUUACAUUUAGCGUUAUGGUCAAGGAGGUUAUACUCAGGGUCUCGCCUCAAAUUCAGAGGAGGCAAUAGGAGGUACAUAAAUUAUAUUUUUGUCAUCACGGAGGUAAUUUCUAACGCCAUUUUUUCAUCCUUUGCGCGGCACAAUUUUUGCUAGAAAUAACACAUUUGGCUAUUUCGAUGCAACCAACCCCAUUACUGGAAAGGAUAUCUAGUUACGGUCUUCUAUCCUUAUUACGGUUCCUGGUUAUAUAUUUGGGAAGAUUACUGCCUUAUCUGAAGGAUAAGGUGAUUUCCUCUGGAAUUUAGAUCUUACGGAAUAACCACUUAUAAACUAUAUGCAAAGGCGUUAAGGCUUCAUGAAAUGUAGACUGCGAGCAGCCUCUCUUUUCUUCAGAUUUUGUGCGGGGAGUGCACUCGCCUCUCCCGUCGCGCGCCUUCAGCGCCUUCUUCGCGUGGUCAUUUUCGUGUCUCGCACGUUUCGCUAAACGGAGUAAGAAAAAAGAGAGACUACUCGUAAAUUACAUCAAAUGACCUUAAAUCAGGCACUGAGUCUGUGCAAGAAAUCCCCGGUCAGUAAUCGGUUCAUUACCAACACAGCUAUAGUUUAUAGAACCCUAAGAGCGAGUAGAAACUGAUCAGUUAAAAUGGAUACCGCGAAAAACGUUUACUUUUCUGAAGUUUCUGCAUUCUUAUUCUAAUCCAUAGACGUGGAGACAUUUCUUUACCAACUGGCGGGGGAAUCGCUUCAGUUAAACCACGAAAAGAAACGAGACGAACUGUUAGAAAAUGUCAUGGAUCUGAGAAGAAAGCUGAGAGAGCACAGAAAUCUUUCCUCGGCUACAAAUGGAGUCAGAUCUCCCAGACCGAAGAGAAAAAGUUUUCCAUUUGCGACUGUUAAAGACAGCAUGCACUCUUACACAGCGCAUUUACAAAAAAUUGGGGUAAAUGGGAAAUUAAAGCCUCCCGGCUCACCUGAAGUCCAGCGCGUGGACAAACCUCAAAUGCGCGCGCGAUCAGUGUCUUGUCCCGAAAUACGAUUUUCUCUCCACGGUCAUGCGUGGAGGACAUCACUUCCAAAGGUGCCUGAAAACGAAGAACUAAACGUGGAUAGCGAUGAAGGGUCCUAGCAUGACAGUGCUAGGGGACACCAGACAAAGUCGCGCUAUAUUUCCGUUUGAUGCGGUUCAAGCACUUUCUGAUCGAUGACUCAAACCACAGAUAGCGUUAAAUUCGGCAAAUGCAACAUCAUGGUUUUCGAUUUAAAGGGGCGUUGGCCGUAAGAAUCCGGAAAAAUACGCUUGCUUAUUUCGUCCAUUCGGGCGCGUUUGUGAUUGUUCAAGUUUCAGAUAAGUAACAUCCUACACUCUUGUGAAUAUUUAACAUGUGACCGUACAUUUGACUGUUAACUAAGGAUCGAGAAUUGAACCUGCAAGCUAAGGCGAGGUAACGUGAAAAGAAGGGUGUGUUCCGCUGGGAUGAUCAGAACCACUGAUCCGAGAUCACUCGGAUCAUCGCACAUCAAAGGAACUGACGAAUCCACCCUUGUAAAGGAUUCAUCAGUUUAUUUGAUUUACCCUGAUCCGAGAAAAGAUUAUGGAUCACGGAUCCUGAUCCGAAUCAUUUUAUAGGGAAACACCCCACUAAAUAGUGAUCUGACAAGUAGAGUCUUCUCACUUCCGAAAAUCUGUUUCGGUGGGCUUGGACUCCGCACUAAAUUAAGUUGGAAGAGUAAUCGGAAGCACAUGGUGAUACAACGGGAGCCAUAGUUUGCCUUAAGAGUAGAUAUAAUAUUGACUAACCAGGAGCCUGUUCCGUGCGUUCAGAUAGUAGAGCGCGGUGCUCAGAUGGUGGGGAGCGAGUUAAAUCGUACGCGCGGAAAACCGGGUGAGACUUUUCCCUCUCUAGUCUUUCAUCGUUUUUUUGUGUCCUCGUCAAUUUUUCGCCCACGCUGUACGAUCUGAACGCCUGCAACAGGCUGACUAACAAGUAGAUAUCGUUGAGCAGUUAGUGAGAGUUAUCGUUCAAGCGAUAUAGGACGUUUCGUAAAGAACGAUGAUGAUGAUGAACUUUAUUCAAAAGAGUCUGGUCUUCUAGCUGGCCUGGUAAGGCCCCCUAAUAGGGUGCACUAACUAAAAUACCACCAAACUAACUACUUAAUAUAAGAAAAUAUUUACAAAGAAUUAACGCUAACCUGUCUGAUCGAAUCUUCUUGUGCAAAGUGUUUCAUGUCGCAGCACGUUCAGUGAUCGGGUAACGAGAACGGCCAAUCUUAAAACAGUUCCUUGUGCAGUGUUUGUAGUCAUGAUUCUCACUAUUUCCGCGUGGGAAAGCGCACUGUUUCUACUCCUCCACGAUGAACAUUGAUAAACACUGUAACGUCGACUGCUCAAGAUCAACAAUAUUGUCUGGUCUUAAACAGAGGAAACUGGAUAAAAGACCGUUUAUUUCAUAUGGAAUUAUCAACUCAAGACCACGUAGCGUAAACGGCUGCUUCUAAGCCCCCUAUUCCUGCCGCACCCCAUCGCAGUUAUAGACCCAUUCACCUGUAAACAACAACAAAAAAAAUACGUUUGGUUUUAAGCCUCCCUCAAUUUUGUAUUGAAAUGGAUUUUAUUUUUUGAAUUCCAUUUUAAGACGUUUUGAAGCUUAAAAAAGCGAGUAAAUUCAAAAUAUAUUUUGAUCAGCACUGCUA